AUGUCAGCUCCGCCGCCGCCCAACGGUCCUCCUCAGGGCAGCACUCCCAUGCCGAUGCCUGGGCAGCGUCCCACGCCUGAGCAGAUUGCCGAGAUUCAGCGACGGGUUGCCGAGGAUGCUGAGAAGGCCGGAAUGACUGUACCCGAGUUCAUUGAGCACAUCAAAAAACAGGCGGCGGAGCAGCAACGAAUGCGCGCCAUGCAACAGUCCGAGGCUGGCGAGCACGUCCAUGGAGAACACUGCAAUCACGACCACGGCGGCGGCCACAACCAUUCCCACGGGCAGCAUCAGCCAAUUGUUCCUGGCCCUCCAAACCCCAAGGCCCUCGCUCUGGCGCAUUUCCUGAAAGGCCAGGACCUCAAGCAUCGAACGAGUAUUCUGAACGGAGAGCGAAAGGACAUGUUCAGAGUCAAGCGUGCGCUUCGAGCACUGCAAACGCCAGCGUACGAGAAAGCUCGAAAGAAGAACCCCCUCCUACCCGAAAUCACGGACCGCGCGUCGCUCGAGAAUGCCUUCAAACUCCUCCCACUGAGCAUGCUGGCCCUCAGGGUCAGCAAAAUUGAACCUGAAGAAGGGCCCAACGGCAAGAAGCCCAAGCGGACAAAGGGUCAGUGGAACGUCCGCAUUGAGCAACAGCAGGAUGCCGGUGACGACAUGUACUACGUGUGGCUGUGGGAAGGCAGCCAAGUGAAGCGCCAACUGUAUGCCGCUCUGGCCCUGGUUUUGAUCUUCAUCAUAGUUCUCUAUCCCCUGUGGCCACUGAAGCUGCGACUGGGUGUCUACUACCUCAGUUGGGGCCUGCUCGGUCUCCUGGGUCUGUUCUUCCUCAUGGCCAUCUUCCGGGUUAUCCUUUUCUGCGUCACGUAUUUUGCCGUGCCUCCCGGUCUCUGGCUCUAUCCCAAUCUGUGGGAAGAUGUGUCUUUCAUGGAUAGUUUCCGACCUGUUUGGGCCUGGCAUGAAUCCGCCGCCGACAAGAAGAAGAAGAAGAAGAAGGCCAGAUCCGCAGCCCGUGCUUCAACCACCGUUCCUAACAAUGCCUUUGCCGCCUCGACCGGCCAGGUAGCACCAACCACCGCGACCACCACAGGCACUGAUACCCAGAUCAAUGUUGGCAACGCCCAGCAGCGACAGUAUGAAGCUCCCCGGGUCGAGGAGCUUGCUGACGACGAUUAA